AAGAGGAAGUUGCGAAGUGAAGGGGUGUAAGCAGCUCGCUGCUGCUGAGCCGCCCGAGCGCUCACUGGAGCAGCCAAUAUUAGACACAAGAUCGCUCAUUUGAGCUGUGCUACUGCUGAUAUAAAGAAGGGAACAACAUCGUCCACAUGUGCAUGUGUUCCGGUUUCGAAAUAGCCAACGACUAAUGCAACGAAAGGUGUAAGCACGUCUCUAUUUGACAGCAACAUUGGCUUCAUCCUUCUAGAAAAGCUAACGCAUUAGCCACCCGCUGUUAGCAUCGGUGUAGCCGAAGCUAAACAAGGGAUUCUAAGUCUUACUGCUCAUGUCUCCGGUUCUGGAUCCGAUGUCACAUAUCAGCGGCGUGAUAUGUUCUUAUAGGGUGUGUGCUGACCACCACACGGCGGUUUAAACGGCGUGUUGACAGGUUACUUUUCAUUUGAAACCACCCCAUGGUGGAGCGCUUUCAAGGGACUGCGUGCAAGGUUCACUCUGGCCGGCUUGUUUUUUCAGAGUCACAUGCUCAGCAUGUUUUUAAGCUUUCGCUUAGCGUGGCCUGACCGGCUGGGAGACCAUGAAAAAGCUCAUUUGUGGGUCUAAAAGCUAGUGCUACGUUAACUAACGGUAGCCUCCUCUCCGGCUAAGUGACUAAGGCUAAUCCAGAAACCACGGAAAUCAACCUCCAACCAUGGCUUCUGAAGAGUCAUCGCUGCGCGCUUUGGAAGGUCUGAUGACUGAAUUCUUCCAUGGCUACACCACAAAUGAACGAAAGAAAGAAAUCGAGGAGCUGCUGAAUAAUUUUGCACAGCAGACUGGAGCAUGGCGCCACUGCUUAUUUUUCCUUUCCAACACUCAGAACGAAUAUGUCAUGAUGUACAGCCUCACAGUAUUUGAAAACUUGGUGAACAAGAUGUGGAUUGGCCUUGCGUCUCAAGACAAGAUGGAAAUUCGUAACUGUCUGCCCAAACUCCUGCUUGCUCAGCAUAAAUCUGUGCCCUACUUUAUUCGCAACAAGCUCUGCAAGGUCAUCGUCGACAUCGGUCGCCAGGACUGGCCGAUGUUCUAUCAUGAUUUCUUCACAAAUACUCUUCAGUUGAUCCAGUCUCCUGCUUUGGCGCCACUCGGUCUUGUAAUGCUGAAAACCACUUCGGAGGAGCUCGCUUGUCCGCGGGAAGACUUGAGCGUUGCCAGGAAAGAUGAGCUGCGCAAACUUCUGCUGGAUCAGGUACCGACUGUACUUGGACUGCUGACAGGUAUCCUGGAGACGUACUGGGACAAGCACAGUGUCAUCGCAUCCACUCCUCCCCCAUCACCCACCUCAGGCCAAAGUCUGGAACUGCUUGGCAGCUUGUUUCAGGGCAGCCAGUACUCGAAGCUGCUCUGCCAACCCAUGGCAUCUUUAGACAACGACAGCCAUCAGCUCUGCUGUCUGGUUCUGGAGUGUUUGGCCCACUUGUUCAGCUGGAUCCCUCUCUCCACGAGCAUCACCCCCUCCCUGCUGGCCUCCAUUUUUCAUUUUGCACGUUUUGGUUGCGAUCUGCGAACGAAGUCCAAGAGCGGAUCCUUCAUAUCGUCCACUUCCACCUCAUCUAACGGACAGCUGAACCCGGGGACGGUGGCGCCGGCGUCCAACGGACGAAACGGACAGCAGAGCGAGAGCAGCAAGGUGGACCGUGCCAAGCUUGGAGUGCUCGCCAUGACCUGUGUCAAUGAACUAGUGUCCAAAAACUGUGUGCCAAUGGACUUCGAGGAAUAUCUGUUGCGCAUGUUCCAGCAGACUUUCUUUCUCCUCCAGAGGUUAACACGCGAGAACAAUGCUCACACUGUGAAGAGUCGACUGCAGGAGCUGGACGAGAGUUACUUGGAGAAGUUCACCGACUUCCUGCGCCUGUUUGUCAGCGUGCACCUGAGGCGGAUCGAGUCUAGUCCUCAGUUUCCUAUUGUUGAGUUCCUCGCCCUCCUCUUCAAGUUCACGUUUAACCAGCCAACACAUGAGGGCUACUUUGCGUGUUUGGAUAUUUGGAGUGUGUUCUUGGACUUCCUCACCACCAAAAUCAAAAGUAGACUGGCUGAUAGAGAGAGUGUUCUCAAUAGGUACAAAGAUGCCUUGGUUCUUCUGCUGAGGGAAGUUCUAAAUCGUAUCCAGUUCAGAUUCAACCAGGCUCAGCUGGAAGAGCUGGACGAUGAAACCCUGGAUGAUGAUCAACAGACCGAGUGGCAAAGGUACCUACGUCAGAGUUUGGAGGUGGUUGCCAAAGUGAUGGAGCUGCUGCCGUCACAUGCGUUCACAACACUGUUUCCGAUUCUUCAAGAGAACUUGGAUGUGUACUUAGGUUUGCAGCAGUUCAUCGUCACCACUGGUACAAGCCGGAGACUCAACAUCACAGCUGAGAAUGACUGCCGCCGACUCCACUGCUCUCUCAGGGAUCUCAGUUCUUUACUUCAAGCUGUGGGACGCUUGGCGGAGCAUUUCAUCGGAGAAGUCUUUGCUGCACGAUUCACUGACGCUCUAGCAGUGGUGGAGAGGUUGGUUGAAGUGACCUGCUACGGCUCACAGACCAGCCUUUACGACCUGGAGACCGCUGUGCCUUCCGUGCUCAAGCCCGACCUCAUCGAUGUACACGCUCAGGCCCUCGCUGCACUUCAGGCCUACUGUCACUGGCUCGCCCAGUUCUACAGUGAAGCCCACGGUCAAAACCAGAGCCAGUUCAAUAACCUCAUAACAUCUGCUAUUAAUGCCAGUUGUCCACUAGUCACUGCCAAGGUACCUGAAAAAUUGCUCCUGUCAUCAUGCCACUUAAUCGUUUCCAUCACGUCGACGGUGCGACCAGUUUUCUUGGUGACUCUGCCUGCUGUUCAGAACAUCUUCAACCUCAUCACCGGGAGUCAGCCCCAAAGACUGCCCCAAGAGGCUCAUCUGCUGGUGUGCCGCGCUUUAUCCAACAUGCUGCUGCUCCCGUGGCCAAAUCUCCCAGAGAACGAGCAGCAGUGGCCGACCCGCUCCAGCAACCACGGCAGCCUUCUUUCCUCUCUCACCCGAGAGUACCGUCUUUUGAGAGGGACCGUAACCAUGACGACCAGACGCCAUGAUCUGAAUGAAUUCAAGGCCGUCGUCCAACAAACCUUAUCUGUGCUCCGAGACCUUGUGAACAGCAUCUCCGGGGAAUCCACCAAAUCCCGCCAGAUCUGCUAUCAAAGUCUCCAAGAAUCAGUCCAGGUGUCGCUCAGCCUGUUCCCCAUCUUCAUCCAGCAGCCAGAUGUGACCGACGAGAUGCUGGCCUUCUUCUUGACCCUUUUCCAAGCACUGAGAGUUCAGAUGGGCGUGGCCUUCACUGGGCAGAUCAUCCACAACUUCCUCAGCAUGUUCACCAGGGAGCAGCUUGCAGCGAGCAUUUUGAAUGAGGGAAGCGCUGGCUGUCGCGUGGUUCAGAAGUUUCUGAAGAUCCUGCAGGUGGUGGUGCAAGAACCUGGCCAGGCCUUCAAGCCCUUUCUCCCCAACAUCCUCUCCCUGUGCAUGGAGCAAGUGUACCCUGUUCUAGCUGAGCGCUCCUCCCCUGACGUCAAGGCGGAGAUGUUUGAGCUGUUGUAUCAGAUUCUGCACCAGAACUGGAGGUAUUUCUUUAAAACAUCAGUCUUAUCGAGUGUCCAAAGAGGCGUUGCAGAAGAAGCCAUGGAGAACGAAGCUCAGUUCACAGCCGCUAUGCAGGCUUUUGGACAGUCGUUCCUGCAGCCCGACAUCCACAUCUUCAAACAGAACCUCUGCUACUUGGAAUCCCUCAACAGCAAGCACAAGUUGUACCACAGAAAGCUUUUCCGGACUUCCAUGCUCUUCCAUUUCAUCAACGUGUUGUUACAAGUCCUCCUUCACAAAAGUCACGACCUCCUGCAGGAGGAGAUCACCGUCGCCAUUUACAACAUGGCCUCCGUGGACUUUGAUGCCUUUUACUCAGCCUUCAUGCCCGAGUUCCUCAACGGCUGCCAGGGAGUGGACAGCAACCAGCGAGCCGUUCUGGCACGCAACUUCAAGCUUGAACAGGAUCUGCCUUCGUUCACUCAGAGCGUGCAGCGGCUAGUGAACGACCUGCGCUACUACCGACUGUGCAACAGCAGUCUGCCCACUGGCACUAUCAAGCUAUAGCACGACGACUGUGUCGACCACUUUUGAACCGACGAUGAUGUUCAUGGACUGCCUGUGCUGACCACUUGCCCAACACUCCUUUCCCAAACUGGGAAUUUUAAUUCACGUGUUAAAGGUCGAGUCAUUGGAGUUUCAGGAUGCUGCUGAUGUUUUUCUACUGUAGUUUGUUGGCGCUAUUUAAAAACCCAAAAGCAGAGCCCUCCUUAUUUGUUGCGAAUGAGUAUUUGGCAAAAAUGUAAACCUGGUCUGCCGAUGGCUUUCGCCCCGGAACCGGAUUAGUCUGAGCCAGGCCUUUUAUCUCACAGCCCUGCGUCAACGCUGGGCUGGGACUGAGCACUUUCAACUCCUUUUGAGUUUUUAAAAUGUCUGCUUUUGUUGAUUUUUGCCUUUGACAGACUCUCAACUAUCAUUCCAUUCUGAAAGAGAAACUCUCCUUAAUAAAGUUAAUUAAAGCAAUUUUUUAGUAAAAUCAAAAUCGCCUUUUUUUCCUGAACGAACACAGUAUAUAUUUAUUUUUUUGUUCUCCCUAUAACAGUACGAUGGAUAAAAUGGUCGUCCUUGUUCACUUCUUCCAUACGAAAACCUUCAAUUUGAGAUGUUCCUGCUUCGGUAAAACAUCACGAAUGUUGGUGAAACAAAGCCUGGAUUUUUGUUGAUGUUUUUCCAAAAAGAACAACUGAAGUCCACAACUUUGUUAAGCUAAUAAACACCAGGGUGAAUGGUCGAAGAGCGCGUGCAUGUGCGUCACCAGAAUUAAUUUAAAGGGCGAUCUUCUGCUUCUGCCUCUCCAUCGCCUUCUCCAGUUCGGUGGCCCUGCGCUCGUCCUGCGGGAGGCGACAUCAGGAAAAUGAGGAGGUGCAGCAG